UGUUCCGCCAACUGUCGCAAGUUUUCGAAUGCCAUCCAUAGAUUGUGCGCUUAGCCCAUAGAAUGUGUGUUUCAAAUCAAAAUUGUCGCGCACUCGACACGGACGCACCGGCUCCGGCAGCUCGCACACGGCUCGGGGUUAGUUCAGUCAACAAUAAAGUGGAAACGAAUCUUCGAGUGGCGCACAAAGGCGUUUGUCAAGUGUUAUCGAAAGUGUUUAGAUCGGGAUUAUAACUGAACAGAGUGUAUAGAAAUUAGAUAGUGCACAUCUAACAAUAUUUUAAAAAGCACACGAUCUAAUCUCAUGCAAGGCAUAUUCAAAAAGAAUAACAAUUAAAACCCAUGAGUGCUUGAAAUAAUUUAGAAGUGUGAGCUUAAACUAAGCCCAUUAAAGUUUACUCUUCUCAGGAUUACGCAUCAGAUCCGCAGCUGUACAAAAGCACAUACACGUAUAGAGGAAGCGGUCAGUGCACCGCACUGGAACCCCUGGAUCGGGCCACUCACCUGACGAACCCAGCACACACACAAUAUUAGGUGGCAGCCAUGACGAGCAUCUCGGCACUGCUGCAUCGCAGUCACAGUCACAGCCAUAAUAGCAAUGGCUACACGAGCAGCGGCAGCGGGAGCAGCAGUCACAGUCACCACAGCAGCAGCCUCUCACCGCCGAGGACAAUCAAAGCGGCCACAACACCGCCACCGCCGCCGCCGCCUCCGGCGGUGCCCAAGCUGCAGCUGCAACAGCAACAACAACAGCAACAACAGCAACAACAACAGCAACAGCACAGCACCAACUCCAACUCGAAUGGCAACUCGCAUCAUGACCACAUUAAACGACCAAUGAACGCGUUCAUGGUAUGGUCCCGGGGCCAGCGACGCAAAAUGGCGCAGGACAAUCCCAAAAUGCACAAUUCAGAGAUAUCGAAGCGUUUGGGUGCCGAGUGGAAGUUGCUCACCGAAUCACAGAAGCGUCCAUUCAUUGAUGAGGCCAAGCGUUUGCGCGCACUGCACAUGAAAGAGCACCCCGAUUACAAAUAUCGGCCGCGCCGCAAGCCCAAGACACUGAACAAGUCACCAGUGCCGGGCGGAGGUGGCGGCGGCGGCGGCGGCGGCGGAGGAGCAUCCAGCAGCAGCUCUGGUUUGUCGGCCGCUGGUCAACUGGGCAAGGAGCAAGCCCAAGCGCAGCAUUCGCCACAUGGGCCAGGCCUACCGCAUCAUCACCCGCAUCACCCACACCUACCGCAUCCACAUCCCGCCCACGCCCAUGCGCAUGCGCAUCAUCAUCACGCGCAGCUGAGCGCCGUCGCAGCUGCUGCUGCCGCCGCCGCCGUCUCCCACUCCCAUUCGCACUCACCCACCUCGCUGGCCGCCAAGUAUGGCUUUGGGUCGCCGCUGGAGCUGACGCUGCCACGCGUGCCCGGUGGCUUUCCGGGUCUGGGGCAUUAUCCGCUGGAUCCGACAUUGGCGCUGGAUCUGCAGGCGCGUCUUCAGGCCAUGUAUGCCGGCAGCAUAUAUCAUCCAUGGCGCUACUUGCCGCUGAUCAGUCCAGAAACUCCGCCCUCCCCGCCCAGCAGCAGCGGCACAGGCAUCUCAUCCUAUGGCUGUGUCAAAUCGGCUAAGUCCUCGCCCGUGGCAGUCGUUCCAGCAUUAGCCACAACGCCGCCCAACAUUAUUUGACCGACUCCGCUGCGCUACGGCGCUGCCGCUGCGGAGCAUGCGGUCUAAAGUUGGAGCAUCAGCAGUCACUCGGUACCGACAACAGUCCCCGCCCCCUCUGUGCUCCGCCCCAAACUGGUAGCAGCAAUACGAGCUGCCCACUUGCUAGUGUAGAACACCCUAGUGUUAGCUGAAUCUUUGUGAGUUUAUGUCUUAUGUUUUAUGUUGCAUGUUUCUGUUCUUCCCCCCCGAACUGUGUUCGAACUAUUCAUUUUGGUUAUGUGUGGUACUCAGUUUUGUAUAUAGAAAUGAAAUAUUAUUAAAAAUGGACGCCAAAUAACUAAGCAGAUCUUUAAGCGGCAACGGAAAUAAAUAAAAAAUCGAAAUUGUUCCUAUAAACUUGACG